AAAAAACAAAAUAAAUAAAUAAAAGGAAAAAGAAACUACACCGUAUCUCAAGAAAAAAAAAGAGAUUUUAAAUAACCGGGGAGCUGCUCUACGCUACCCGUAGUUCAUCGCUAUCAGCAUCUUUGAGAGAGUGGGCGAAGGAAGAAGAAGAAGAAGAAGAAGAAGAAGAAGAAGAUGCAGAUCUUCGUUAAGACCCUCACUGGCAAGACUAUUACUCUCGAGGUCGAGAGCAGCGACACCAUUGACAACGUCAAAGCUAAGAUUCAGGAUAAGGAAGGGAUUCCUCCAGACCAGCAAAGAUUGAUAUUUGCUGGUAAGCAACUGGAGGAUGGGCGUACUCUUGCUGACUAUAACAUCCAGAAGGAGUCCACACUUCAUCUUGUUUUGAGGCUUCGAGGAGGAACUAUGAUCAAGGUCAAGACUCUUACUGGAAAGGAGAUUGAAAUUGAUAUUGAGCCUACAGAUACCAUCGAUCGAAUCAAGGAACGUGUUGAGGAGAAAGAAGGCAUUCCUCCUGUCCAGCAAAGGCUUAUUUAUGCUGGGAAGCAGCUCGGAGAUGACAAGACAGCUCGUGACUACAACAUUGAGGGUGGUUCUGUGCUUCAUCUUGUGCUUGCCUUGAGGGGUGGUUGUUUUUAGAUGGUGCCUGUAUCUUUUAGAAUGUCUUUGUCUGUGACGUGUGGAUAAGCAUUGAGACUACAAUAGGGAGGAUGUUCAAUUCAUUUUCUGAACAUGAGAUUGUUCAUUUCCCAGUCAAGUGAUCUGUUUCUAUUUACUGUGCUUAUUUUGUCUUGCUAUAUCUCUAGGCCUUUUCAAAGUACGCAAGUAUGAUAUGCUAAAUUCAUAUUUUCAUACUAAAUUCAUGUUUGCAAUUCAUUA